UCUUUCAAAUGCAUGUAAUUUCGAGGCUCAAAUCUAAAUGCUCUGUAGCUCCUUUAGAACUCUUAGAAUUUAGAGCAUGUCUCUGUUUUAGUUCAGCAAACACCUUUCCCGCCAUUUCCACACCAACCACCAAAGACCCAACUGUCCACCCAAAUCCAGAAACACUCUCUCAACUCCUGAACCAACGCCCACUUCUUUCUCAACUCAAGCAAAUACACGCCCAAGUACUCACACACCCAUUCUCACAUGUUUCCCUGACAGAUUCUCUUAUCCACUGUUACCUCAGCACCAACAAUCUCACCACUGCAAGAGCCUUGUUCGAUAGAUAUCCUUUGCCUUCACCACCCACUCUACUAUGGAAUCUGAUGAUCAGAGCUUGCUCCAAACUUCACAAUUCAGCAGAAUCCACCAAUCUAUUCCAUCUGAUGAUCAGUUUAAACCAUCCUAUCCGGGUUGUCCCCGACAAGUACACAUUCACUUUUCUAAUCACUUCAUGUUCCCACCAAUUGUCCAAAGUACAUGGCCAAAUUGUUCAUGGGAUGGUGACAAGAAAUGGGUAUCGAUCCAAUUUAUACGUGGCAAAUUCAUUUGUAAAUAUGUAUUGUGUAUUCAGGGAAAUGGAUGAUGCCCACAAAGUUUUCAAUGAAAUGUCUGAACGAGACGUGUUCUCAUGGACUAGUCUGAUAUGUGGGUAUGCCAAAAAUGGGGAGAUGGGCAGAGCGUGUGAAAUAUUUGGGGAAAUGCCGCUGCGUAACGAGGUUUCUUGGGCUGUUAUGAUUUCAGGUUUUGUAGCAGAUGGAAGGUAUAUUGAGGCUCUUAAAUAUUUCCAUGAAAUGUUAUGUGAUGACCAUAAGGUAAAGCCUAAUGAGGCCGUUAUUGUUUGUGCUUUAUCUGCUUGUGCUCAUCUAGGGGCUUCGGACCAAGGGAACUGGAUUCAUGCUUGGAUAGAUAAGAACGGAAUUUUGCAAAGUUCAAACAUCUCUACCGCUCUUAUUGAUAUGCAUGCAAAAUGUGGCAGGAUAGACAGUGCAAGUCGAAUUUUUACUAAGAUUUCUGAACCAGAUGUUCUCAAUUUUACGAGCAUAAUUUCGGGAUUAUCAAUUCACGGGCUUGGUAAGGAUGCUUUGUGUGUGUUCAAUCAGAUGUUAGCUGCAAAUGUUAAGCCAAAUGAGGUUACUAUUUUAGGGGUUCUAAAUGGAUGCAGCCAUUCAGGUUUAGUAGAGGAGGGUUCUUCAAUCUUCUGCAAUAUGGAGAGCUUGUGGGAGAUUGUGCCCAAGAUUGAGCACUAUGGCUGUUAUAUUGAUUUACUUGGUCGUGCUGGCUACUUGGAAAGGGCAUUCAAAGUUGUUAAAUGCAUGCCUAUUGAACCCGAUAUUGUUAUAUGGAGAGCUUUACUUAGUGCUUGCAGAAUUCAUCGCGAUGCUGAUCUUGGAGAGCGGAUCAUAGUUCAUAUUGAGCAAAUGGGUGGAAGGGGUCAUAUUGGAGGUGAGGUCCUACUUUCAAACUUACAUGCUUCUCUAGGAAAAUGGGACAGAGUUGCUCAGGUGAGGAAGCUAAUGGGUGAGAGAAAGAAUGAAUCUACCCCUGGAUGUAGUUGGAUUGAGGUUAAUGGUGUUGUUCAUGAGUUUCGAGUUGCUGAUCGGUUGCACACGCAGAUUGUAGAGAUCCGAUAUAAGUUGAAUGAGAUUUUGAAAAGGGCUAGCCUGGGAGGCUAUGUUGUUACUACCAUGCAGGUUUCAUUUGAUUUGAGUGAGGAAGAGAAAGAACAAGCAGUGGCUUGGCAUAGUGAGAAACUAGCUAUUGCUUUUGGAUUGAUGAGUACUGAGCCUGGGACAUCCAUUCGAAUAGUUAAAAAUUUAAGAACUUGUGAGGAUUGUCAUUCAGCUCUGAAGGCCGUUUCCAAGGUUUAUGGUAGAGUAAUCAUUGUUAGAGAUCGUUCUCGUUUCCACACUUUCAAAGAGGGAAGCUGUUCGUGCAAUGAUUUUUGGUAGUUAUCAAGUUUCAUAGUUCUGAUCUCAGAAGUGCCAGUUUGAUGAAGAUUUGAUCAAUCAAGAUCAUUCCAUUUUCCAUGGAUCAACUUUAUCAAGAGAAGACAUUGCUGAUCUGCACUUAAAAAUUUGAGCUUUGGCACUGCUUAAAAAAGAGGAAACUUAUGUGUGGCCAAAUAGAGAACACUUGUUGCAUUCACCCACUUGUCUAUCUGAUAUAGUGCCGUAAGUAAAGGAAGGUUCAAACUGUGAGAAGACAUAUGAUUCAGGAAGCUCCAUGAGCUAAAGGAAUACCUUGAGUCCAAAAUUUAGUGCUGUCACUAAGUUGAGCUUCAAUGGAAUUACUCGUUUUUGCCGAGACCCAAGAUGCUGUAGGAUCUCAUCAAUGGUCGCCAUCGCUGGCCACACACUACCUUGAAAGAGAAGCCUGGAGUGUCUAGACAAGCUUGUAUUACUCAAAGGAGAGACUGUAGCAGUGGUUCUGUCCCUUGGAUGUAAGAUGGCGAGUGAUCUAUGGGGCUUAUGAACAUUAUCAUUCCAAGGGCCAUUUUCAGAGUCUCUGAUAGAAGAACUAUCAUGAAUGUUCAUAUUGCCUCCCCCUCUUUUGAGGCAGGAAUCCGUCCAAGCAGUGAUUGCUGUUGGUUAUCGGUUCUUUCAUAUUCUUAUGGGAGAAAUGCCAGUUGAAUGAAGCUACAAUCAAUUGAAAUAAUCCCUCAGGGUUGGGAUGGACCACCUUCAGAGAAGAGUCUGGGACAUGUAGUUUUAUUACUCUGAGGAGAGAUUGUUUCCAUGACUCAAAUUUGUAACACUCAAAUAACAAUGGAGCAACUUUACUGAUGUGUCAAGUCCCCUAUUUUGAUCUCAAGCUAAAUUUUUGCAAUUGU